CGCCCCCGGGGCCGGCCUGGGAGCUCGCGGCAGCCCCGGCCCAGUCCCUGGGCCGUGGCACCAGGCCCCCCCAGGGGUGGGCGCCGGGUCCCGCCGGCCAGUAUCCGGGACGGCGCUCUCACCUGGGUGCCAGCCCGUGGGAAGAUCCGAUUCCGGAGCUGCCAUGAUUGAAGUGGUAGCAGAGCUGAGCAGAGGUCCUGUGUUUCUGGCAGGGGAGGCACUGGAGUGUGUGGUGACCGUCACCAACCCCCUGCCCCCCACGGCCACUUAUGCAUCCAGUGAGGCUCUGGCAUGGGCCAGUGCCCAAAUCCACUGCCAGUUCCAUGCCAGUGAGAGUCGAGUAGCACUGCCUCCCCCUGACUCCAGUCAGCCAGAUGUCCAGCCUGAGAGCCAGACUGUCUUUCUACCACACCGAGGUGAGAGGGGUCAGUGUAUCCUUUCCACUCCACCAAAAAUCCUAUUCUGUGACCUGAGGCUAGACCCUGGAGAGUCAAAAUCAUACUCCUACAGCGAAGUGCUGCCUCUAGAGGGACCACCCUCCUUUCGGGGUCAGUCAGUCAAGUAUGUCUACAAACUGACCAUUGGCUGCCAGCGUGUCAACUCACCCAUCACUUUACUCAGGGUCCCUCUGAGGGUUCUUGUGCUGACUGGCCUUCAAGAUGUCCGCUUUCCCCAGGAGGAGGCAGUUGCCCCAUCCAGUCCAUUCUUGGAAGAGGAUGAAUGUGGCAAGAAGGACUCAUGGCUCGCUGAGCUGGCUGGGGAGCGCCUCAUGGCUGCCACAUCCUGCCGCAGCCUCCAUCUGUACAACAUCAGUGAUGGCCGAGGAAAAGUUGGGACAUUUGGCAUCUUCAAAUCUGUAUACAGACUUGGCGAGGACGUGGUGGGGACCUUAAACUUAGGGGAAGGAACUGUAGCUUGUUUGCAGUUUUCAGUGAGCUUACAGACGGAGGAGCGUGUGCAGCCUGAGUACCAGCGGCGCCGCGGGGCAGGGGGUGCCCCCUCUGUGUCUCAUGUCACUCAUGCCCGGCACCAAGAGUCCUGCCUACAUACAACCAGAACGAGCUUCUCCCUCCCUAUCCCUCUCAGCUCCACACCAGGCUUCUGCACAGCCGUUGUAUCCCUGAAGUGGCGUUUGCAUUUUGAAUUUGUAACAUCCCGAGAACCAGGUUUGGUGCUCCUACCUCCCAUGGAACAGCCCGAGCCUGUCACCUGGACAGGGCCUGAGCAAGUGCCCGUGGACACCUUCAGCUGGGACCUCCCCAUCAAGGUGCUGCCUACAAGCCCUACCCUGGCCUCCUAUGCGGCCCCAGGCCCCAGCACCAGCACCAUAACCAUCUGAAACUGGCCCACGUAGCACUACUUUCUUCAGGAUCCUGAGAACUCAGCACCUGGACUCUAGUAGGGCCCAUUUUUUCCACCUGGGGUCGUGGCACAGAUAAUGAGAGGCAGGCUUUCGGCUGUAGCAUUAAUUUAUUUGUUCAGAAUAAAUCGGCAGCUGCUAGUGGUUUCCCUGGAAGUGGCAGCAGCAGUGGGCAGCCAGCAAAAGGGCGGUCGGUUGAGUUCAGCUGGAGUGGGGAGCAGGAGCCGCAGGAAUAGGGGUGUUAGCUGAGCCCCACUCUGGGUCGGGCCCUCCCCCUUUGCAGGGCAGCCGAGGGUCAGAUUUUUGCACCAGGGAGAACUGGCACGUUCCUGGCUCCUGACGUACCUCACACCCAGCGGGGAAGUCGAUAGGAUGCUGGGACCUGGGGAACCAAAGGACGGGGAAGGAGUCAGGACAGUGAAGGUCCACCUUUAUCCCUGCCUCGCAUCCCCCCUCCCAGCAUUCCUCCCAUAUCUUCCCCCAGUGCCCCUGUCCCCCCUAACCGAGCUCUUGCCUGCCAUAUAUGGAUUUUUUUCGUUUCAUAGCAGGAAUACUUUUCCUCCAGAUCCACCCCAACUCCCCUUACUUUGUAGCCUGAAGCCUUCCCUCUCACAUUUUUGUUGGUACCUUCAGGUUCGGCCAGCUUCAUACUGCUACUUUGUUCAUUCUCACACCACAGCAAUCUAGUCAUGCCCUGGCCAUCUCUCAGUCACUCACAUCAGAGCCAUUCUCUCUGGCCCUCAGUGGUCACUCACGUGUCACAGCAGCCCACACCGACAGGAUGCAGGCAGGUGCAGUGGAAACAGUCCUUGCGGAGCCAAGACUCACCCAGGGUGAAAUAUUUCCCUUCAUGGUGGCAGGGCGCUAGGGAAGAGCAGGAAAUGUUAGUGUGCUGGAGCUGAGGGAGUAAGUGCCGCCGCCCCCGCGUUUACCCUCCUGUUUCCCAGCUCGGGGGGUCUGGGUCUUUGACACAGGAUCACCCCUGAGCCCCCGUCCUCCCAGUGCCUUCUGCUGUCCUUCCCUAACGCCUCACCCAGCUUUACCUUGAGCUUGGAAGUAGCACUUGCUGUGGACUCCUGGGUGCUGGAGGAGCAGAGAUAUCACCAAGCAGGUGAUCCCCCAGCCGCCCAGGGUCCCUUUAGCCUGUCCAGCCCAGAGCAUCCAUAAGGCCAUUCCUGCAGUAUGGCCCUUUCGGACCGUUCCUGGCUUCUGUUCAGGUACUCUGGUCUUGUCUCCUUGGCUUUUCUUUGUUUCUCUCCUUGAGUCUUAGUUUCUGUCUUUCUCCCCUGGGCUCCUGUCUCGCACCAUCUCCGUGCCCUCUCACAGGCUUGGGGAUGUUUAUAAAGUGAGGACCCUGACCCCCUGCUGAGUAGAGCUGGAAAAGCUGUAACUCUGUUUCCUGAGGUGAGGGCAUGAAAACAAGAGGUCUAGCUUUAACAAGCUGUGAGAGCUGAUUCAUGCCCCACACGGCUAGGGGGAGGGAGGUGGCCAUGGAAGGGGCACUGGACUGGGCACUUCCCCAGCAAGGAGGUGGGAGGGGUGGGGGCCCCCAGGUGGUCCCCAGAACUCUUCCCUGGCCUGGAGAGGAAGCAUUCCACCAUCUCCCCCCGCCCUGUAACUAACACACACACACACACACUCCAGGGGUGUGUAUGCUGGGAUCCCUGCCUGGACCGGAGGGAGGCAUUUCCUGGGGAUGGCUAAUCCUGUGCCCCAGCCAAACCGAGGAGAUGCAGUAGGGUGCGACAGCCAGAGGCUCCAGGAGAGCGAACAGGCACCUGGAGUGGAGAAUGUUUCUCUCAGACCCUAGGGCAGGGUCUCCUUGCAGUAUCCUAGAGAUAAUGGCUUCCCCCUCAGAGAUUAGGGCUGGGGGGGCAGACGUCUCUUUUUUACAGGCAUCCCAGAGAUUAUCCAUUGUUCAUCACCCCCAAACAUACUGCAAAUAAAGGUUCUCCCCAUGUCUGGGGAUGGUUCUUUCAAAGAAGAACAUCACUAAAUGCCCUAAUGGUAUGGGUCACUCCAGUUUCACAGAGAUACCACUCUUAUCUCCUAUACAUUAUGGAAUGAGAAUUUAGGAACUUAUCCUCUGACAUCCUUUUUUGGGUUUCCUGCAGGUUCUGGAGAACCUAAAGAUGGGUGAUUAAGAGUAUAGGUUAUAGAGUCAGACUCUGGAUUUAGAUCCUGAUUCUACUUAAGAGCUGUGUGACACUGGGCAAGUUAGUUCACCUCUCUAAACCUGUUUCCUUAUCUAUAAAUUGGGAUAGCAAUAUUAACUCAUAGGGUUGUCAAGAGGAUGAAAUGAGAUAAUACGUGUAAUGCUCCUAGUACUGUCCCUGGCACAUAGCCCUCCGAAAAGAGUGACCACUGUGGCUGGUGCUACACGUUCCUUUCUUUGAAUGAUGGUGAGCAGCUCUGUGUGCACAGCUGAAAGCUUCUGCUGGGGCUGCUAUCUCCUGGCACAGACUUCUGCCCCUUUCACACUUAUGCUUCUUGUCAUCCCUACCACCUUCAAAACCUGCCUCCAGCAACAUUUUGCUUUUGGUCGGUGUAUCCUUGAAAUUCUAAAUGUCUGCUUUGAGAAAGUGUUGCUAAUAAGCCUACUUUUCCUAGGUCAGUACCCUCACUUCUACCCUGGGAAGAGGUAUCCUUUUUCCAUCCUUCCAGCUAACUUUAGGACUCCUGCUUUUUCUGGUAAGGAUUCUGAUCCACUUCUUCCCAUCCCCACUCAAGUGAACUCUCAAAUUCUCCUUUCUGACCAGUCUAAUGCUGGCCAUCUCAUUGGUACUAAUUGCCCCAAUCAAGCUGGACUUUUUCACACUUCAAAGACCCCUGUUCCAGCUAUUCUCCUCCUACCCACAGGGCCAAUCACUUUGGCAUUUAUUCUAUUUUUCCUUGUAAGUCUCUAGUUCCACUUACCCCAAGACUCCCACUCCCUGCCACCCAGUGGUUCAGAUCUAACUACUUCUGGCUGACUUUUCCAGAGGGCUACCCUUCCUCUCACCUCCUCACCAUUCAGAAACAACUUCACCAGUCCACCCCAAACUCCCUAUCUGUUUUCUUCCAAGAAGACAGCUUAAGUGGCUGGAGAUGCGGACUGCACCACACCUUCACCCUAGUCAGGUCUGAUAUCCUUUCUAUUUCAGAGGAGCACCAAGAGAAAAAAAGAAAACUCAGAGGAGUAAGGUGCCCUGAUGUAGGCUGACGUGUGGGAGGCAUGGCCUUGGACUGCUCAGGGCUGGAGCAGGUGGGUUAGAAGGCCUGACUAAUAGAAGGGCCCAGAAGUCUUGUCAGUGGUCUAUAGCUCUGCUGGUGCCUUUGUGGGGCACCAGCUGACACCCUUGAUGUUUGGACCGUAGACUACCUUCUGCUCCUGCAUCCUGGAGCCAAACCAAUAGGGGGCGGACACUAGGGGGGAGCUAGGGAGCUUGAAGGUGGUGGUGGUGGUCAUGCUGUAGGCAGGGGGAGCCCGAUGGGGAUUGGUGUGUGUGAGGUCAUGGGACAGGAGAGGUGAGAGUUAGCCGCCUGUAAUGAAGAUGAGGUAGGCAUAUAGGGGCAGGAGUAGGGGGCUUCUGGAAAGAAAGGCUGGGGCGGAGCCAGGAGCCCUUUCCCAGAAGUUGGGUAGGGGAGAGGGCAGCGGGGAGGUGUUGGUUGAACCCGCUUCUUGCACGCCUGCGGGUGUGCGCGCUUGCGUGUGUAUCUGCCUAGC